AUGGAGGAACUCGAGAAGGUUCUUGGGAAGGAGAAUCCCUCUACAUUGAAGACCGUGGGGAACCUUGCGUCAACGUACAGACACCAGGGCAGGUGGAGAGAGGCGGAGAAGCUGCAGGUGAUGGUGGUGGAGACCUCAAAGCGGAUCCUCGGUGAGGAGCAUCUUGACACACUGAAGAGCAUGGGACACCUCGCAUCAACAUACAGGAAUCAGGGUAGGUGGACGGAGGCGGAAAAACUCGAGGUGAUGGUGAUGGAAGGCUUGAAGCAGGUGCUUGGCAAGGAGCAUCCUGAUACUCUGACGAGCAUGGGCAACCUUGCAUCAACAUAUAGUAAGCAGGGCCGAUGGACGGAGGCAGAGGAGCUGCAGGUAACAGUCAUGGAGACAAGGGAGCAUAUUAUCGGUGAGGAGCAUCCCGACACACUAACAAGUGUGUCGAAUCUUGCGGCAACAUAUGGGAGGCAAGGGCGAUGGGCAGAGGCAGAGGAACUGUAUAUGAUGGUGAUGAAGACGAGCAAGCGAGUGCUCGGUGAGGAUCAUCCUGAAACAUUGAUGAGCAUGUUGAACCUUGCAUCGACAUACCGGAAGCAAGGCCGAUGGAACGAAGCGGAGGAGCUGGAGGUGGUGGUGGUGGAGACAAGAAAGCAGGUGCUUGUGCACGGAGAGGAGCAUCCGUCAACGCUCACGAGCAUGGCGAACCUCGCAUCGACAUACUGCCACCAGGGCAGGUGGACAGAAGCAGAGGGUCUGCAGGUGACCGUAUCUAGGACAAGAGAGCGGGUCAUUGGCAAGCGACACCCCGACACGCUAACGAGCAUGUCGAACCUUGCGUUAACAUACUGGAACCAGGGUCGGUGGACGGACGCAGAGAAGUUGGAGGUGGUGGUGACGGAGAAGAGCAAACGAGUGCUCGGCGAGGAGCAUCCCCACACGCUGACGAGCAUGGGCAACCUCGCGUUUACAUAUGGGGAGCAGGGCCGGUGGAAAGAGGCGGAGGAGCUGGAGGUGGUGGUGACGGAGACGGAGAAACGGGUGCUCGGCGAGGAGCAUCCCGACACGCUGGCGAGCAUGGGGAACCUCGCGUCGACAUACAUGAGCCAGGGCCGGUGGACAGAGGCGGAGAAGCUGAACGUGACGGUGAUGGAGACGAGGAAGCGGGUGCUCGGCGAGGAGCAUCCCGCCACGCUGACGAUCAUGGGGAACCUCGCGUCGACAUACAUGAGCCAGGGCCGGUGGACAGAGGCGGAGAAGCUGAACGUGACGGUGAUGGAGACGAGGAAGCGGACGGAGAAGCGGGUGCUCGGCGAGGAGCAUCCCGACACGCUGACGAGCAUGGGGAACCUCACGUUGAUAUACUGGAAUCAGGGCCGGUGGGCAGAGGCGGAGAAGCUGGAGGUGAUGGAGAUGGAGACGAGGAAGCGGGUGCUUGGCGAGGAGCAUCCCGACACGCUGACGAGCAUGGGGAACCUCGCGUCGACAUACUGGAAUCAGGGCCGGUGGGCAGAGGCGGAGAAGCUGGAGGUGAUGGUGAUGGAGACGACGAAGCGGGUGCUCGGUGAGAAGCAUCCCUUCACGCUGGCGAGCAUGGGGAACCUCGCGUCGACAUACUCAAACCAGGGCCGGUGGACAGAGGCGGAGAAGCUGCAGGUGACGAUGAUAAAGGCGAUGACGCGGGUGUUAGGUGCGACGCAUCCCAACACGUUGCUGAGUGUAUCGAACCUUGCAAGUAUUUAUAGGAAGCAGGGUCGAUUGGAAGAGCAGAAGUUGAGUGGCUCAGUGCAGGAGACAGAGGUACUCAGAGAGGAGCAUGGCGAAGGACUCAGUAGAGAGUUCGUCAGAGAGUGA